UAAGAUUGAUGAAGAUGAACAUCUGCAAGAUGACGGCCUUUCCCUGGAUGGGCAAGAUGCAGACUAUCUUUUCAAUGAUGAGGAGGAUGCACGAGAUCAUUACAGCUGCCAAAACUCCCCACUCAGCAAUGGCACAAACCCAGACGCUGGGUACGCCUCUCCACUCAGCACCACCAGCGAUCAACUGGUGGACCUUAAGACAACAUCCUCCUUCAAUGAUCAGGACAGGGUAAAGGAGAAGCAAGGGGAGAGCGCAGAGUCCAUCAAUGGCCUUUCGCUACAGGACAGCCUGGCACAAAUGAAAGCCGUCUAUGCAAACCUGAUCUCUGAUGCCUCCUGGUCCAGCGUUGCUCUGGAUAUGCUUAAAAGUCCUACCACCAGAACAGUGUCAAGCAACAGCACCAGUGGCACCAGUGUAAGCUCUGGCAGCACAGGAGGAUUAGCCUAUGACUGGCACCAGGCAGCGUUGGCCAAAACCCUACAGCAGACCCCAUACCAACUCCUUCCUGAGCCGAGCCUUUUCAGCACCGUGCAGCUUUACAGGCAAAACAAUAAGCUCUAUGGCCCAGUGUUUACGGGUGCCAGCAAGUUCAGGUGCAAGGACUGUAGUGCAGCCUAUGACACUUUGGUUGGCCUGACGGUGCAUAUGAACGAGACUGGUCACUACCGUGAUGACAACAAGGAUACCGAGGAUGAUCGAAGCAAGAAGUGGUCCAAGCCACGUAAGCGUUCUCUGAUGGAGAUGGAGGGCAAAGAAGACGCCCAGAAAGUUCUUAAAUGCAUGUACUGUGGCCACUCUUUUGAAUCCUUGCAAGAUCUCAGUGUUCACAUGAUCAAAACAAAACACUAUCAGAAAGUGCCUCUAAAAGAACCGAUGCCAGCCCUCACCUCAAAGCUGGUACCACCAACCAAAAAAAGAGCAUUUCAAGACUUGAUGUCCCCAAGCUCGCCAGAGUCUGUCUCAUCUGGCAUACUCCUGGGAGAGUCUCCCAAAGACCAAAAAGUGGCCAAUCCUUAUGUCACACCAAACAAUCGAUAUGGUUACCAAAACGGUGCCAGUUACACUUGGCAGUUUGAGGCACGCAAGGCACAAAUUCUCAAAUGCAUGGAAUGUGGAAGUUCACAUGACACCUUACAACAAUUGACAGCCCAUAUGAUGGUCACCGGGCACUUCCUCAAGGUCACCAAUUCAGCCUCUAAAAAGGGUAAGCAAUUAGUUUUUGAUCCCGUCGUUGAGGAGAAAAUUCAGUCAAUUCCUCUGCCGCCGACCACCACACGACUCCCAGCACCCAAUGGGAAGUCACAGCUUGACUCCCCAGUGCGGCCCGCUAGCCCUGAAGAGGAGGAUGAAGAAAAGAAAGAGGAAGAGGCAGAGGAAGAGAAAAUGGAAGCUAGGGAACCAGAGAAAAAAAUAAAAGAGGAGAAAGAAGACCCCCCUGAAAAAGCUGAUAAACAUGGGAAGGCCAGAUCUUACCAAUACCUGAGAGAAGAAGAUUUGGAAGAGGCACCUAAAGGUGGCUUGGACAUCCUAAAAUCUUUAGAGAAUACAGUUUCAAGUGCAAUCAGCAAGGCCCAAACAGGCACACCAACCUGGGGUGGAUACCCCAGCAUUCAUGCUGCCUAUCAGCUCCAUGGAUCCUUGAAGUCUACAUUAUCUUCAUGUGCACAGGUUCAACCGUUGUUCAGCAGCAACAGUUUGAAAGUACUGCCGUCUGAUUUAGGCACUCUGAUCCAUUCACCAAAUAGCCCCUCGCCACCUCCAAGUCACAAGAGCAAUGUGCUGGCCAUGGAGGAGCUAGUUGAGAAAGUGACCGGGAAAACUUCAGUGAAGAAUGAAAAAGAGGAAAAACAUGCAGAGAAUAAAUGCAGGUCUGCAAAGUCUCCAUUGCCAAAUCCUAAGGACAAACGGUCUUCGCCCAAUCCAGAAAACCUCUCAAAGGCAGUGAAAAAUACUGCAGCAGAGACCCAGACUGAGUUGAGAGGCAAAGAAUGCGAGCAGAAUGAGAGCAAAGCAGAGACCCAGAUAAAGAGUGAAGUUGAUUCACCAAAAAGGCCCGAAAGCAAUGGCUGCAAUAACCUGAGCAUCAUCACAGAUCACUCGCCUGAACAACCACUUGUCAACCCUCUCAGUGCUUUGCAGUCUAUCAUGAACAACCACUUGGGGAAAGCUGCAAAAGUGACCACCACCUUUGUGGACCCCUUUGCGAUGCUUUAUAAGAUCAACAGCAACUCUGCCCAGAUCAAGUCAGCAGAGGCUGCGAGUCAGAACCACAUUGAUGAUGAUCAGCCCAUGGACUUGACAAAGUCCAAAAACAACAAUGGAAGUGCACCUAAAGCUAUUUCUGCACCAAACGACAACAGCAAACCAGUGUUCAAAAAUUUCUCUCAGUCUUCAUCUCCGCCUCUUCGGGAGAAUGCUUUGAUGGAUAUUUCAGACAUGGUAAAAAACCUGACGGGUCGUUUGACACCAAAGUCUACCACCCCGUCUUCCAUCUCUGAAAAAUCAGACGUUGAUGGCUGUACAUUUGAGGACAGCUUGGAGGAGCUGUCCCCUAUUCAAAGACGGAAGGGCAGACAGUCCAACUGGAAUCCCCAGCACCUCCUGAUUCUCCAGGCCCAGUUCGCCUCUAGUCUGAGAGAGACUCCUGAUGGAAAGUUUGUGAUUAGUGACUUGGGACCCCAGGAACGGGUCCACAUCUGUAAAUUCACUGGUCUCUCCAUGACCACUAUCUCACAUUGGCUGGCCAAUGUAAAAUACCAGUUAAAGCGGACAGGGGGUACGAAAUUCCUGAAAAACAUUGACUCUGGCCAACCUCUGUUUUUGUGCAGUGACUGUGCUUCCCAGUUCAGGACUCCCUCCUCCUACAUUCACCAUUUGGAGUCCCACCUUGGGUUUACCCUGAAGGACCUCUCAAAGCUUUCCAUAGAUCUAAUAGAGCAGAAAGCAGUCAGCAGAGUCGAGGACAAGACCUUCAUUUCCUCUGGACUUACAGAAGAAGACACUGGCUCAAUAUAUCAGUGCAAACUGUGCAAUCGGACAUUUGUGAGCAAACAUGCAAUCAAAUUGCACCUUUGCAAAACACACGGAAAGUCACCAGAGGACCAUCUUAUCUUUGUGAAGGAGCUGGAAAAGUUUGACAAGCAAUGAAGACAAAGCUGAGAGCAUGACAGAUUACUGUUGCACUAUAACUCUAAGCUACAAUCUGUCAUAACAGAUAGUGCCACACCCGUAUUAAGAGUUGUUACGACACAUAUUGUAAUGAAAACAUGGUAGCUUUAAGAACACAUACUGUAAUUAUUCAGUUAUCUAUCAAUGACCGAACUUUGCAUCGCAGAGGCUCAAAGCUACGUUGCAAAAGUUGAAUUUUUGGUGACAUAAACGUACCGAACUGGUGCAGCAGCCAUGGCACUAUGUAGUCACUGACUGAUUGUUGCUUUCCUAAUGCACUGCAUCUUAUCUGAGCCUUUGGGAAAAGUCCAUCUGUUGUUUUAAAACUGGACCAUGCUCUUAUUUUGAUCACUGUUAUUGAAUGAUUUUUUUUUUAAGAUAAAUAUAUUUCAACACAACUUGCAUAUUAUUUAUGAGACAGUCUGUGCAUGUUUUUAUGUAAAACAGUGAGCAUAUUGUGUCUAAUGAAAUUUCAACCAUGAUGAGAAUACUGAUCCCUGUUUAACAAAUUGCGGAUAUAGAUGUUUAUAUGAAGGUUAUAAAAGUAGCCAUGAUGUUAAGAUGAUUUCAGCACUUUAAGGAAGUGUAAAUUGAUGAAGAAAUGUGUGGGUAAAAAUGACAACACAUCACCCUUUUGAGUUUUAAUUCCCUUGAUCAACAUGGCAGUUUGGGGGACGAACUGUUUUGUAUUUGCCAUUGAAUCACAGAAAUUCUUGCAAAAUGUUUAGCAUAUUUGUUUCUCUAGUAAAAUAUCAUUUCCUGGUUGUUUUAACAUGUACAGUAUUUGCGUUAGUAGGAUACCAGUUUUAUUAUUGUGAAGCUACAGUUGUAAAAUUAAUGAAGUUUAAAACUUAUUGUAUGAAUAAUUAGCAAGUAUGUAUACAUGUAUGUCAGCAUAUCUUGCUCUUUACAGUCCAACAUUAUUUGUACUAUGUGCAUUUUUAUAAUGUUGUUUUCUAGACAAAUGUGGGGGAAAAUGUAUAAAACUACAGAAUAUUGUCGGACCACAUGUCCUUUUUCAGUGAAACGUCGGUCCUUCACUGUGGUUUACAUAAAAUGACAGAACUUUACUGGCAUCUGCUGCGAUGCAUGGUACUGUACAUAACAUUGAAAAAAAUGAAUUCUCACCCAAUUGAUAGAUU